GGGAAAGCCCGGUUUGCCCGGCGCAUGGUGUGUGCCCUCCAUGCGCUGCUUGCCACAGUGGCGCUCGCGGGAAUGGACGUGUGCUCUCUGCCCAGCGGAAAUGUGUUCACCAAGGAGGAGCUGGAGCCACUGGAGGGCCCGAGGCUUUUGCCCGCCACCGCCGCGCGGCAGAAGCUGGCGUCGGAGUUGCUGCCAGCGGUGAAGGCCCUCUCUCAGCUGGGCUUGGGACAGCCACUCAAGCACUUGGAGACCAUUCUGCCUGCCGCGGCUGCGCUGGCGGCCGACAUUGCUCAGCAGACGGGAUCAGUGGUCUCUGCAGCCCUUCACGUGGGCACCUCGGGCGGUUGCAGCGCAGAACCCAACGAGACGCUGGUGCUGCAGCUCAAAGACUCCUGUGACUGGAGUUUCUGGCGCCCUCUCCUCCACCGCCUGGACCACGCGGACUCCGCCUGCGCGCCCGAGGCGGCGGAGGUGGCGAAGUUGGCCAGGGGCGCGGUGCUGCGGCUGCCGCGCGACUUCGUGCACGCGCAGAGGUGUGAAGCCAGCAGCUAUCUGGUUUUCUCCCUGAUGCCGCGGAUCACUCCAGUGAGGGUUCUGCUGGACGUGGCCAAGGCUCACAACCAGCCAGAGGUGGCGCAGAAGAUAUCUGCAGCGUUGCAGAAGCACGACGGCUUGAGCAUGCGCUUGCAGCGAGGCUUGCGAGAAGGCGCGCUCACGGGGGUCCUGCUGCUCUUGGAGGAGUUGGCGAGCGGCUUGGACCCCGCGCUUGCGCGAACCAUGGUGCAGCAGCGCUUGCAGGAGACCCCCUGGCCGAGGUCCCGGAUUACCAGGCGCUGGUGGAAGAGCGGGUGGCGCAGUGCCGCACAGGGCCGCUGAAGAAGUUUCUCAUCAAGCCGCGGCGUGUGGAGCUUUGAUGCCGACAAUUGGCGAGCCAAUUCCAGGUUUGCCCAUGGUCAGACGCUGCGUUCCUCAGCGAGAAGUCGA